AUGUGCAUUGUUGUACCAUUCCUUCAUUCGUAAAUUAUUACCAUCGUUGCAUAGCAUAAAUUAUUAAAAUAAUUUCGAUAAGAAAAUGGUGUUUCUAAAGGAUUGGGAAGAUUUUGAAAUUGCCGCAGAGAAUAUGUACUUGAAAAACUCAUCGAAUUGUAGAUAUUCAAUGAAAUAUAUCCAUUCCAAAGGACAAUUAUUACUAAAACUGACUGACAAUGUCAAGUGCAUCCAGUACAAAACGGAGAUUAUGCCCGAUUUGAAGAAGAUCGAAAAAUUCACCGGAAAUUUAGCAGCUCAUAUGGCAUCGAACGAAUGAAAAUGAAAUGUGACUUGGUGUGCGAUUUUUACAUUUAUUUCCCGUUUCAAUAAGUAUUUUAUUUGAAUUUUAAUGUAAAUACUUACAAUACAUCUUUCUACAUAG